AAUAACUGGAACGAUGCUGCCGCGCUCGGCUGCUGUUGCAUCGUUAGGUGCGCUGCUGUGUUUACAACUAAUAUACGACGCAAUGGGCCAACAGUCAGAAACAGAACGAUUGAUGCUCUUGGGUGAGAAGGGACAUGUAUAUGAACGAUACGACAGGGACGACAAGACGCCUGUGAGUUUCAUUAUUUUAUUUUUGAUUUGUUUCUAUUCACUGUACCGGUGAUUGUUGGUCGUGAUUGACUGCUUAGUUACGUUCGUUCUCCUGGCAGUUCUUAGUUUCACGUUCGGGGGUCACAACCGACUGACUGCCCAUCGAGGGACAACAUUCAUCUCACAAUUCACGUAUUSCUUUUUCGAUAAUCCUCUACUCCUUGCUGACACAAUGCGGAAUAUGUCGUGAAAUGCAAUCAUUCGUUGUUCAUCCGUUGAUAGUAUUCCUCCGUCUCGUCUCCGAACACGGGGCACUCGUCUGUUCGAGGACGUAGGCGAAGCGGUAGCAGCAGUAACAAAAUAAAAAACAACAGUAGAAAUAGUAAUGCAAUGCGGACUGACAACAUAACUAGACAGAUUCCUGCAGGUCAGGGUCGUCUUCGCCGACACUUGACGACAGAGGAAACAACGUGCCGACUGUGGAAGGUGGAAAUUAGAUACGAAGAGUACGAAGAAUCACACUGGGAGUGCGAGUUCACCAACCCGGACCUCCUGGAGGCCACGCAAGCCCAGACAAGGGAUCACCACAUAAUUGGUACUAAUCACUUCGAUGUGGAUGCAUUCCUGGACGAACAGGGUGCAGAGAGCGGAACUACCACGCUCAUUUUGUCCACGGGAGUGGAAUUGGCCAUGACGGAGUCCGAGAACCAGGAGCUGCACCUCGGCAGGAACCAGGUCGUGGCCAUGGAGGACAAUGCGAUCGAGGUCACCGAGAACRACGACCUCAUGGUGCGGCGGGGUCUCGCUGAUUCGAUCGGGAACCUGCGAACCCUUGUGGUUCGUGUCAGCGCCAGCGAUACAGAGCCUCCUUCCGCAGAAAAGCUAUACGAUGACAUGUUUGGCGAUGAGUACUGCUUGAARUCGCAAUACAAACGGUGCUCCUUCGAUAAAYUGAACAUUACCGAAUAUCUUCCCGACGAAGAGGUCACGGUUCCCGUUGCAGAAGGCGUUGCUGGGGGCAUUGUGGACGUCCAAAUCAACAUUAACGCCGWGGAAUCAUCCUCUUACAAUUUACAGCGCCUAGCCAACAGUGCCGCGCGGGAUCUUUUUGGUGUCAGCMYGUGGAGCGGAGGCCUCAACGGUAUCUUUGACCUGGUCCUCUUUGUAAGUGAAGAGUAAUUUUAUUCGAGAGCAGACUUUUUUUGUCUUGAUUCCCUGGAAUGGCUAGUAUAGUGUUGUGUGGGUCCUCUAGACACGCCCCUCGCCAUAUCUCACCUUGCCAUUUUCUCCACAUCAAUAAUCAAUCCUGUKCCUAUUUCUUUCGUUACUUUGUACGCUGCCAAURUUGUGAUGACCUAUUGUAGUGUCUCCCUCCGGGAUCUGGAUCCUGGGUUGCCUACGCAUACCUCAAUCGAUGGGACUCGUAUUACAAUGGUCCAUACUGCGGUUCGCUGUCCGCAACAUUGCAUGGUAAGUUGAAGCAGCAAGUUCCACUAGAACUGACUGGAAUGGGAAGAAACUAAACUUUCGAAGCGCUCCAUUGUGUUGUUCGAGCAGUACUGCUCUGUCCUUUUCUGUGRCCUUUUCGCCGAAGCAAAACAUUAUCAUAUACUUGAAUGCAAUCUCAAUUUCUUUUCAUCUUCUCUUUCUGCAGAGGUCGGGCACAAUCUAAAUCUUGAGCAUUCRGGCGUUUAUUAUGGUGACGCGAUUACUCAGGACUACGGUGAUGCAUCUGGAAUGGUACGUUGCGUUAUCUUUURAGAUGCACCAAAAGGAAAAUCAUUUGCGGACAGUGUUGUCUCAUACCCUACUGCCGUUUCAUCUCCUUUUAAAUUUGCUUCCAUAUCAUAUCAUUGUUUCCUUAUCUCACUCAUUUAGAUGGGUUUCUCUUGUAAGUAAAAAAGUUCUCGCAUUAAUCUCCACGGAUAAAUCAGAUACAGGUUGACUCUUUAGUUUUCUCAAAAGGUUUGUUUUUUGAUUUUCAAUCGGAUCUAUUUUUUUUAAAGAUUUGAAUGACGACGGCCCGAUACAGUGCUUCAAUCCAGCRAAGAACUGGCAACUUGGUUGGUACGAUGAUAAACUUCUGAGCGUGGAGCCCGAAUCUUUGAGAAAUGGGCCAAGUACUUACAUAUUGAACGGAGUCGUCGAUUAUCAGGACGGCAAUGCAAACGGUUAUGUCGUUAUCCGUAUCGGUGACUUUUAUCUCGGAUUUAACAGGAAGGCGAGCUUCAAUCGUGGGACAUUGGCUUCGGGAGAUCAGGUGACGGUCACGAAAAUGACUAUCCCCUACCGGUAUACAACUGGGAAAUCGAAGCUUCUCGUUGCUAUGGAUGCUGGAAGUGAAUAUGCGAUAUUCGAAGAAAACGUGCUUGUGAAAUUCGUCGAAAACGCGAACGUMGAAGACGCUGUCAUCGAGCUAAGCUUGUUUGACCCGAGCCUACCCGAACCGCCACCGUGUGAAACGCAAAUUAUCGUAGAUGUUGUGACGGAUAACUAUCCACAGGAGACAUACUGGGGUAUUACAGAUCCCGGCGGCGCAAUUAUUGCUGGACAAGAUGGCUACACUGAUCCCAAUUCAUCUUCCAGGGUAAGUUUUCUGUUAUUGAUUGAGUACAAUGAUCCUUCAAAUAGAAAAAUAGGUAUAGCACCCUUACAAAAACUGUGUUUGCCGCCUUCGACACUUUCAGACCGUAGUAGAAGGUCUCUGUGACAAUGUACAGUACACAUUUGUUGCAGUUGAUAGAUACAGAGGUGAGUAUAGUGUAUGGCAAGCGUUUGAAAGUCAAUCAUGUUUUUUGAAUAGUAAAACAUUCUCUUAACGGCGUCUUUUGUAACUUGUAGACGGAAUUUGUUGCGAGCAAGGAAACGGAAGUAUUGUUGGAACCUACGAUGGAAAUAUCAUUUUUGAAGCUUCGGAGUUUGAGUUUAGGCUUGYUGAGCCGUUUAUUAUUAAYCGGCGUACCCUGUCACCUUCCAAUUCACCGAGUGYACAACCAAGUGCAGGCCCUUCGUAUAUUGAAAGUGCUUCCCCGACUAUCGCCCCGAGUGCAUCUCCGAGUGCAUCCCCCAGCACAUCUCUAGUGCCCAGUUCAAUGCCAAGCAAAAGUCCUAGUGAAAAACCGUCGACAUCUACAGCACCGAGUGAACUACCCUCUGCGUCUCCGUCAAUGGUACCUAGUGAAACUCACAGCGAAGAGCCUACGGGGUUACCAAGUCUAUUUCCGUCAAGUUUACCCUCAGAAGGGCCUAGUGACUUCCCCAGCACAUCUCCAAGUCAUUUUCCCAGCUCAAGCCCAACCGGUCUUCCUAGCUCAAGUCCAACUGAUUUCCCAACUCAACAUCCAAGCGAAACCCCAACGGUUUUCCCAAGCGAAUUUCCGAGCUCAAUUCCAACUAACGCUCCAAGUGUAUCUCCCAGCAGAAGUCCGACUGAGGUUCCUAGUAACUUUCCCACCAUGAGUCCGACCAAAUCUCCUACCAAAAAUCCGACCAAAUCUCCUACCAAAAAUCCGACGAGCGCCCCCAGUAAUGUCCCCACUCCAAGUCCGACUGACUUUCCAAGUACUUUUCCUAGUAGAAAUCCGACAAAUUCUCCGACGCACGUCCCAACGAACGUUCCAACGAACGUUCCAACGAACGUUCCAACGAACGUUCCAACGAACGUUCCAACGAACGUUCCCACGAACGUUCCCACCCGAAGUCCGACUGAUGCUCCAACCCACUCUCCCACCAAAAGUCCAACUAACGUCCCAACGCUCUUCCCCACCAAGAGUUCAUCUGACGUCCCAACUCUCAUCCCCACCAAGAGUUCAUCUGACGUCCCAACUCUCUUCCCCACCAAGAGUCCAUCUGACGUCCCAACUCUUUUCCCCACCAAGAGUCCAUCUGACAUCCCAACUCUCUUUCCCACUAAGGGUCCAACUAAUGUCCCAAGUUUAAUCCCAGCAUUGAGUAUCAGCGAAGAGCCAUCAAGAAGGCCAACUAAAAGGCCUACUGGGAGGCCAACAAAUCCACCUUCAAAUAUGCCUUCGAUAUCAAACAAGUGUCAGGCAUCACUUGAAAUUCGUCUGAAGACAGACAAGUAUCCGUCGGAGACAUUCUGGGGCGUCAUAGAUUCCAACAAUCAAAUAUUAAUACGAAAAGACGGAUACCUUGAGCCGUUGAAAACAUACACGGUAAGGUACUUGCUCAUGYGAUGCGCUUACGAAACRCAUUUUCUACCAUGCUUCACAUUAGAUCGCGCUUACCAUAUUUUCAACUCUUCGGACAUUUUAGGAAACUAUUUCAGGUUUGUGUCCAGACGUGCCAUACACUUUUUCUAUCGUUGAUAGAUGGGGUGGUGAGUCCUGUCAUUCCACACGCAGAUUGAGAGCUAUCUUGUUUUGUUUUCUUURGUGAUGUUCCAGUUCCUCACGAACACUGUUCUCUUCUCCUCUCCUUUGUUUAGACGGAAUUUGCUGUAAUUAUGG